GCUUUUUCACUCUUCACUCUUCACUCUUCACUUAUUAAACUCUAAUAAUUAUUGUGACCAGAAACCAUGGAUUUCCUUUCACUUCCUACAAUAACAAUUCUGGUAGCUUUAGCUCUAUUUCUUAUCUACAACAUAUGGAAGAUCAACAAAAGUGGUGAUGAUGAAACCAAGAAGCUUCAAGCACCAGAACUACCAGGUGCUUUACCUUUGAUUGGUCACCUCCAUUUACUAGGAGCCAAAACACCACUUGCAAGAAUCUUUGCUUCUUUAGCGGAUAAGCAUGGCCCCAUAUUCCAAAUCCAUUUAGGAGCAUACCCUGCCCUUGUAAUUUGCAAUAAGGAGGCAAUCAAAGAGUGUUUCACUACAAACGACGUCGUUUUAGCUUCGCGCCCAAAGUCAAGCCAUGGAAUUCACCUUGGUUACAACUUUGCAGGGUUUGGAUUUGCUCCUUAUGGCCCCUAUUGGACCAAGUUGAGGAAGCUAGCCAUGCUUGAACUUCUAUCGCCGCGCCGCAUCGAAUCUUUGAGGCAUGUUUAUGAAUCCGAGGUUGAUACUUUGAUCAAUGAUUUGUUGUCUUAUCUUGGUGCGGAUUCAGGGGUUAAGGUUGUCAUAAGUGAGUGGUUGGAACGCCUCACAUUCAAUAUAAUCAUAAAGAUGAUUGCCGGAAAGAGGUAUUUUAGCUACUUGAAAGAUGCAGACGAUGAAGAAUCACAUAGAAUUGUGAAGCUUGUAAAAGAGUUCAUGCACAUUUCUGGUGAGCUUGUUCCUUCAGAUUUGAUUCCAAUUAUUGGAUGGUUACCAGUACAAGGGCAAGUGCUAAAGAACAUGAAACGAAUUGCAAAGGAUUUGGAUACAAUUGUGGGAAAUUGGGUUGAAGAGCAUGAUGUGAAGAUUGAUGAUCAAAAGAAAAAGAACUACUCAUCAAGUGAGAAACAAUAUUUCAUUGACUUUAUGCUUUCUGUUAUUGAAGAUGAUCCUGCCUCUGGCCAUACCCGGGACAAUAUCAUCAAGGCAAAUAUUAUGAAUAUAAUGUUGGCGGGGUCAGACACAACGUCCAGCACAAUGACAUGGAUCCUAUCCCUUUUAUUGAACAACAAACAUGCUUUGAAGCGUGCAAAGGACGAAAUUGACCUUCAUGUGGGUAAAGACAAAAUGGUAAAAGCAUCCGACAUAAAAAACCUAGUGUAUUUACAAGCAAUUUUGAAAGAAACUCUAAGAUUAUAUCCAGCAGGGCCUCUAUUAGUACCUCAUGAGGCAAGAGAAGAUUGUUACAUUCAUGGCUAUUACGUACCAAAAGGGACACGUGUCUUUGCCAAUGUAUGGAAGCUACAUAGAGAUCCAAGCAUUUGGGCAGAACCCGAGAAAUUUUCACCGGAAAGAUUUAUUAAUGGCAAUGGAGAACUUAAUGAAGAUCAGAAUUUCGAAUACCUUCCAUUUGGUUCAGGAAGAAGAGCUUGUCCUGGAUCAACAUUUGCCAUUCAAGUGAUUCUCAUAACACUUGCUCGCUUGAUUCAAAAGUUUGAUUUGGAAGUUCCAAUAAAGGGUGAGGCUAUUGAUAUGAGAGAAGGGUUGGGCAUAACCUUACCCAAGUUAACUCCCUUACAAAUCAUUUUGACCCCACGCUAAUAAUGCCAUGUAUAUGACUUGCCAAAAUAAUUUUUUCGUAAAUUUGAGUUUUAUUUACGGGUGUAAUAAAUUGUUGCCUAUAUAAAAUAGAAUUUAAAAUUGCAACACUUGUUUAAACAAAUGAGUGAAUCGACCAUUUUAGUAAUCCAAGUUAAUU